AUGGUGAACUGGAGGCGGCUGCUACGAAUGUCCAACCGGUCGUUUCUGGCCUUCAUAUUCUUCUUCUCCAUGUCCACCACUUGUCUCUACUUCAUAUAUGUGGCGCCCGGAAUAGCCAACACAUACUUAUUCAUGGUGCAGGCUCAGGGCAUCAUGUUGAGGGACAAUGUGAGGACCAUUGGCCAAAUGAUCCGAUUGUACACCAACAAGAACAGCACAGUCAAUGGGACAGAUUAUCCUGAUGGAAGUAACUCCAGUGAAUACCUGGUCCAGCCGACUCAGUACCUGCCGGAGAACUUCACAUACGCUCAGAACCUCCCCUGCCCUGAGCGAUUACCUUCUAUGAAGGGCGUGAUGGACGUGAACAUGACAGAGAUCCCCAUGGAGGAGAUCGAACUGAAGUUCUCCACAUUGUUUGACAUUGCGUUUGGAGGGCAUUGGAAACCGAAGGACUGUCAACCUCACUGGAAGGUGGCGAUCCUGAUCCCGUUUAGAAACCGGCAUGAGCAUCUCCCCAUCCUCUUCCAACACCUCAUCCCCAUGCUACAGAGGCAACGCCUGCAGUUUGCCUUCUACGUCAUUGAACAGAGUGGCAGUCACCCUUUUAAUAGAGCAAUGCUCUUUAACGUGGGAUUCCUGGAGGCCAUGAAGGACCUGGACUGGGACUGCUUUAUCUUCCACGAUGUUGACCAUAUCCCUGAGAACGACCGAAACUACUACGGUUGUGGUCAGAUGCCACGGCACUUUGCUGCCAAGCUGGACAAAUACAUGUACAUCCUCCCCUACAAUGAAUUCUUUGGCGGUGUGAGUGGAUUCACUGCGGAGCAGUUCCACAAGAUUAAUGGCUUUCCCAAUGCAUUCUGGGGCUGGGGAGGAGAAGAUGACGACUCGUGGAACAGGGUUAAUUACGCUGGUCUGAACGUCACGCGACCGGAAGGAGAGCUCGGCAAGUACAAGUCUAUUCCUCAUCACCACAGAGGAGAGGUGCAGUUCCUCGGCAGGUAUAAACUGCUGAGAUAUUCCAAAGAGCGACAACACUUGGACGGCCUCAACAAUCUCCAUUACAGCCCCCACAUCUCCCUCAGCAGCCUUUACAAGAACAUCACGGUGGACCUGAGCCCUGAGCUCGCUCCCAUCACAGACUACUGAACUACCAAAUCUCCCUCCCUCCCUCCCUCACCCUCCAGACCCUCAACUCACCCCAGCCUCCCCCUCCAGCACUGGCACUGGCAGAGCGGUGGCGGUGGUGGUGCUGGUGGGGGGGGGCACUAUUUAAUGCUGCCAAGAAAUCCUAAUGAAGGAAAAAAAAAAAGAAGAAAAAAUGAAAUGUAAAAAUGAAGAGGUCGUGGCAAGCCUCUCAGAGUGUGUGUGUGUGUGUGCGUGCGCGUGUGUGUGUGCGUGUGCAUGUCUUUUUGUCCUUGCUGGCUUAACUACUACGAGUUGGUAUAGAUGUGGAGGGAGCGGCAGCAGCUCAGCUCUGAUGUUUACUGCAAAGCCUUAAUGUGGCCAAAAAAAAGAAGAAAAGAAAAGAGAAAAGCACGGCUCCCUCCGGUUCGCUCCGCUUCACUUCUUGCGAAUCACCGUCACCUUACAAGCCAACAGACAAGAGACUCACUUUCUACAGUAUCUACUUUUCUUUUAUACAUAUCAUUUUGUUAACGUUGUUAUUCCUUUUUUUAAAAAGGACGGAUCAGAGCGAGGUUUGUUUUGUUUUUUUUGAUACAUGCUGUAUAUUUAUUUUAACGAUCCCCGUCUAUGUCACUCGAGUAUUUGCUGUCUGUUGUUCUUUUGCUGCUGCACUGCUGCUGAAAUCCGCAUGAACAUGUAUGUAAAUAUGAGCUCUGGCCUUUUAGAGCUUGCCAAAACACAGAAGACGACGAAGUAUGUAAAUAUAAGCCUUUAUACGCUCGGGCAGAUCACAGUGAAGACGAUAUUCCAGUGGGUUUGACUUUAGUUUUUUGGCAGCUACCUUUGUUUUAAGGAUUCAAUAAGAGUGUGCGGUCUCUUCCGAGCAGGAAGAUCUCCUGACAGUGUAGGAUGUUUGACUGAAAUGUUGAGAUUUGACUUUAUCUCCGCAUGCUUUAAUUUAUUUUGUUUACCAAAAAAAGAGUUGUUGUUUUUUUUUUGGUUUUCCAAACAUAAAUUAUUUCGUCAGUAAGAGGAUGUACAGUAUAUUGGGGGUUUUUUGGCUUAUUUUGGUUGCACUGUGUGGAAGAACGCGGCUGGGUCACGCACCACGUCCGCGUAAACAAGGGUCUGCGUCGGCACAAUACUCGAUCACUUGAAUAUUUACCGGUGCCAGUCCAGUACAGUCAUCUUAGGAAUUUUUCAACUAUAAAGCUGUUAACGGGGUUCCCACAGGUCCUUGAAAUCCUUGGAAGUUUGUGAAAGUGCUUUAAUUCUGUGCCAGAAGCAAGUCAAGACUGUACUAUACUUCCACACACGCCACGCCGCACUGCGUGUCGUAUACUCGCGCGCCAGAGUCCUGUAGUAUCCCACUUCACCAUCGGGUGGCGUUACAAGUAUGGACAAGAGAACGAUGCAAACUGUCUGGUUCGAGUUGCCCUCCCAUCUUGAACUGUGUCUGCACAUUCGGCCCCUUGAAUUUGAGGGGAUUGGUCCUGGAAAGUCCUUGAGCGGUCCUUGAAUUUGACGUCAAGCAAGGUGUGGGAACCCUGACAAUAAGAGCGUGUGCCACCAAACUGGACUCCAAACGCGGAUGGUACGACCCGGCCCGAUUGAGUGUGGGAGGUUUUUUUCUUUGGUUUUUUUUUGGAGCGCAGAUGUGUUUUUAUUUUUACAUUUUUUAUAUAGUUAUAGAUAUAUAUAAAUAUAUUUAGUGCUGGACCAUGUGGAAAAAGCUCUUCAUUGUACUGUACCAUGCGUUAAGCAUGGCGUUUGGGCCGGACACCGUGCGUGUGUCUGGAUUAAAUGUUAGCGUCUUUCCUUGUGUUUUCAAAGCGUUGGAGGCAGCAGCCAGAAUGAGAGAACCUCGGCGUCAGCUGAAGCCGCCGCUGUUCUUGAAUGGCACAGGUUGUCUGAAACCAAGUGUUUUUUCUUCAGUAAUCUGAACACGGUGAAGAUGUACAUUUGCAUUUGUUGGCAGAUUAUUUUGGACCAGAUGUUCAUUGUGUAGAUAACCUACAGUAUCUCUAGCUUUUGGAUUCAGAAUGCGUUGGAUGGUAUGUUUUGGACGUUUCCUUUGAUUGUACGCCCUGUGAUGUUUCAUCGCGACUUGGGCCAUUUUUGAUCGAGAUCUUAUGAUUUGAUUUUUGUCUUAUGUCAAACUGCCUCAUGAUGCCUCCCUUGUGUUCAGACUGCAAAUCUGAUUAUCUUUUGUUAAAUCGGAUCAUUUUCAGGCAGCUUUCAGACUGAGGCUCGUCUGUUGAAAUCAGAUUUUAAUUGAUUUCAGACUGCACCCAAAUGUGGUUUAAAUCACAUCAAGUGUCAUAAUGUCUUAUGUUAUUAAUGUGUUUUUUUGUUUUUAUUUUUGUACUUGCAUAUCCAAACUUUAUCCACAUUGAAAAUAGUUUUGGUUUUAUGGUUUCAGUCCAAACUGUGCUUGUGCAUCUCACUGUGAGACGCGUCCAUCACAGCUUUGGUUGAUCAAAGAUUAUGUAAGAACCAAACUUUAUUUUUUUCUCAUGUAGUUAAACAAAUUCCCUCUCUGAACCUGCUUCUCAUCUUAACCACAUAAUGAUGGAUUAUGCAUGUUGAUGAUUUGGUUCCACUUGUGUUAAAUUUUUCAUUGAGAAGGAAAAAACUGACAUGCGACAAGUUUACUUGCAGUUACUUUAAACACUGAUGUUUGGUUGAAGUGGUUUGAAGCAGAAGAUGAGACCAGAAAAAACUGAGUCCAGCUCCAAUGUGAAAAUAUGUUUUAAUGCUUAUCGAGUGAACAUCUGUCAGUGAACAGGUGCAGUACAAUUUUAAGAAAUCCCUUUGGAAAAUGAAGACACAGUAAUGAUGAUGUUGACUGUAUUAAGUCUGUUUUACUCUGAAUCUGUGUCCAUGUGUUGUUUCAAAGUGGUGACACUUUGUUAUAAAACAUGUGAAACAAGUGUCA